CGCUUUAGCCGCAACUCCGCCACCAGUCCCGGUCAGUAGUCGCUGAGUGCUAGUGCUGCUAGGAAGGGAGUUCUUUCGUGUCGGUCCUCAAGCCGAACUGCAUCUCCAAUCAGCACAUCCGAAUCAGAAAAAAACCGUCCCGUCCCGUACCAGUCCGCGUCCGAGAUAAAGCGAAGACUGAAGAUGGGUAUCCAGCAGCUGUUGCAGAACGUGGACGAGCAGGUGUUCCGUACGUACGUCUUCUGGGCGGCGGUACUCGUGGUGAAGAUGCUCGCCAUGUCGCCCCUCACCGGACGGCAGCGUUUCAGCAAGAAGGCCUUCGCCAAUCCGGAAGACGUAACGUCGAUGAAGAACGUGGCCCCGAAGUUUGGCGAUCCAGACGUGGAGCGGGUCCGCCGGGCGCACCGGAACGAUCUCGAGAACAUUCUGCCGUUCUUCAUCAUCGGUCUGCUGUACAUGCUGACCGGGCCGGCACCAUUCAUCGCGAUCAAUCUGUUCCGGGCGGUUGCCAUCGCCCGCAUCGUACACACGCUCGUUUACGCCGUCUUUGUGAUCCCACAGCCGGCCCGCGGGCUGUCCUGGGGUGUCGCCUACCUGGCCACCUUCUACAUGGCCUUUAAAACCAUCCUCUAUUUCCUGUGAGCCGCACCGUGUGAGACACCGUUAGGAAAUUCGCCCUACCAGCGAAAUAUUGUAACGCAGACCAAUAAAGCCCUCCAAAGGCGUGUACAGGA